AAUAGGAAGUGGCCAUAAAAAGUGUAUCCUGCCGCCUACUGCUGCUGCCUACUGCUGCUGCCUACUGCUGCUGCUGCCGCCUACUGCUGCUGCUGCCGCCUACUGCUGCUGCUGCCGCCUACUGCUGCUGCUGCCGCCUACUGCUGCUGCCUACUGCUGCUGCUGCCGCCUACUGCUGCUGCUGCCGCCUACUGCUGCUGCCUACCUGCUGCCUACUGCUGCUGCUGCCGCCUACUGCUGCCGCCUACUGCUACUGCUGCUGCCGCCUACUGCUGCCGCCUACUGCUGCUGCCGCCUACUGCUGCCGCCUGCUGCUGCCGCUGCUGCUGCUGGCCUGCUGCUGCCGCCUACUGCUGCCGCUACUGCUGCUGCCGCCACUGCUGCUGCCCCUGCUGCUGCUGCAGCCUACUGCUGCUGCUGCCGCCUACUGCUGCCGCCUACUGCUGCUGCCGCCUCCUGCUGCUGCCGCCUACUGCUGCUGCCCGCCUACGCUGCUGCCGCCUACUGCUGCUGCCGCCUACUGCUGCUGCCCGCCCGCUGCUGCCGCCGCCUGCUGCUGCCGCCGCCUGCUGCUGCUGCCUGCCGCCUGCUGCUGCUGCCGCCUGCUGCUGCUGCCGCCUACUGCUGCCCGCCUGCUGCUGCUGCCGCCUACUGCUGCUGCGCUGCCGCCUACUGCUGCUGCCACCUACUGCUGCUGCCGCCUACUGCUGCUGCUGCCGCCCACUGCUGCCGCCUACUGCUGCUGCUGCCUACUGCUGCUGCCGCCUACUGCUGCUGCUGCCUACUGCUGCCGCCUACUGCUGCUGCUGCCUACUGCUGCCGCCUGCUGCUGCUGCCGCCUGCUGCUGCUGCCGCCUACUGCUGCUGCCGCCUACUGCUGCUGCAGUCAUUUAACCAUUCAUUGUAG